AUGGAAAUAGAACAAGAAACCAGUGAGAAAACUUGUAAAAUACAAAUAGAUAAUGACACGAGUAUUGGUUUUUUGGGUGCCUUUAAAAUUGAAAUUAAGGAAGAACCCAAGAGAGAAACUGUAUACCAGGAGUAUGAUUAUUUAGACUCUAAUGAAUUUCCGGUAAACACUAAAAUAGAACAAGAGAAAUAUAAAUUCACACUAUUUGAAGAAAAGCAAACAACAAAUGAAGAAAGUUGUUCCCAGAAGAACAAAAUAGAAGAAUUACAUGGGUCGCAUAAAGGAAAAUAUACAGGUCAACAUGUUAAAGGAAAAAUAUUAAAUAAAAAUAUGAAAGUUGAAACUGGACAUAAACCUUACAAAUGUGAAAUGUGUUUCAAGCCGUUUUCUAGAAUAAGUAGUUUGAAAACACAUUUGAGGAUACACUCUGGAGAAAAACCCUACAAGUGUGAAGUUUGUUUAAAGCAAUUUACUACAACUAGUAAUUUGAAAAGACAUUUUCGAGUGCACACUGAAGAAAAACCGUACAAGUGUGAAAUUUGUUUAAAGCAGUUUACUGAUUCAAGUGAUUUGAAAAAACAUUUUAGAGUUCACACUGGAGAAAAACCGUAUAAGUGUGAAAUUUGCUGUAAGCAGUUUAUUUCUAAAAGU